UGUUUGCUUAUAUUUUGCAGGAUACAUUUAGGUAGGAUAUUACACAGAAGACUGAAAAUAUGAUUUAUAUACUAAGAAUGUGCAUACUUUGUAGCUUGAUUCGAUUUUUAAUUGCUCUCUCAUUGCUGUCAGACCAAACUAUUGGCAGCAUGUCCAGAACUUUCGUGACUAAUGGUGAUUCUCAAGAAUCAGACACUUUCCGUCACCUUCUUAAUUAAGAAAGCAUUAUCCGGAUGUCUUUAACGAAUACUGUUCAAACCCUGACGAGUAAUUUUCAGUCCCUGAUGAAGGACGUGUUGACAUUAAAGGAAUCCACGGGAUCUAGAAUUUCUCAGUUGGAGGCAAAGGUAGAGGAUCUCAAAUCAGAAAACCAACGACUUGAUUCUGAGUUACAGAGGAGCAAGGCAAAGGAAAGAAACUUAUCUUCGCUGGUUGCCUCUUUUCAGGCAUCAUUGUCGAAUGUUUCAAGUCUCGUUAACAAAUCAAAGAAGGUAGGUUUCUCCGCCUCAGUGUCAUCCAGCGAAAGUUCAUGGAACAGCGGGGCCCUGGUUUUUCCUUCCGUCAUAACAAAUGAAGGAAAUGGUUACAACCCAAGUACCGGAAUAUUUACUGCUCCUAUCGCCGGGAUGUACGUCUUCUUCGUGAAUGUUCAGAGUUAUCGUUCACAAACAAUUUUUGUAGACAUUGUGUUGAAUGGAUCAACAAAAGUCAGAACUAUGGCCUGGAGUAACGGUAAUGAUUAUUUCGAUGCCGGUCCGAAUAUGGUAGUGCUGACUAUUCAGAAGGGAGACGCGGUGUGGAUCACACGUCACUCUGGUGCAGGUUAUUACAACGAUGGUCCUAUCACGACUUUCUCCGGUUUUCUCAUACACAUGUAAUUAAAUCUGAAAAAGUUUAAU